CUGCACAGUCAUGGAGCUGGAGCACUUUGAUGAGCGGGACAAGGCUCAGAGAUACACCCGAAGGGGCUCAAGAGGGAAUGGGCUCCCCAGUCCCACUCAUAGCGCUCACUGCAGCCUGUACAGAACCAGGACGCUGCAAGCACUGAGCUCAGAAAAGAAGGCCAAGAAGAUUCGUUUCUACCGCAAUGGGGACCGCUACUUCAAAGGGAUUGUGUAUGCCAUUUCUCAGGAGAGAUUUAGGUCCAUUGAAGCGCUCCUGGCGGACCUCACAAGAUCUCUGUCAGAUAAUGUCAACUUGCCACAAGGGGUGCGAACCAUAUAUACCGUUGAUGGGACAACAAGGAUCACCAGCAUGGACCAGCUGGUGGAAGGAGAGAGCUAUGUUUGUGCAUCCAUAGAGCCUUACAAGAAGCUGGACUACACAAAGAAUGUAAAUCCCAACUGGUCAGUUGGUCCUAGGACUCCUGUGUCCAUCCGUGAACCUUCUUCCCUUGGUAGUGCAAAGGCUGGAGGCCCAGAAACCAGGGAGAGCAAGGACUUUAUUAAGCCCAAACUGGUAACCAUUGUCCGCAGCGGAGUAAAGCCUCGCAAGGCCGUACGGAUCUUGCUCAACAAGAAGACUGCACACUCCUUCGAGCAAGUCAUGACUGACAUCACAGACGCCGUUAAGCUGGACUCUGGAAUCGUCAAAAGGCUAUAUACUGUUGACGGCAAGAUGGUCACCUGCCUUCAGGACUUUUUUGGUGAUGACGAUAUAUUCUUUGCCUGUGGCCCUGAGAAGUUCCGUUAUCAGGAUGACUUCAACUUGGAUGAAAAUGAAUGCAGGGUGGCAAAGUCUGUAUCAUAUGGCCGGCUCCCCUCUUUGCACGGUCGUUCUUCCCCAAGAGUGUCCCGCAGGAGCAAGUCUCCAUCAUCUACUGGUUCAGCUAAUGGCACUGCAGGCAGCCAGCUGUCCACACCUCGAUCUGGAAAGUCUCCAAGCCCCUCUCCAACCAGCCCUGCUAGCCUUCGAAGACGACAGGGAUCUCAACACAGUGGCUCUUCACUCUCUUUAGCUUCUACCAAGGUUUGCAGCUCAAUGGAUGAAGGAGAUGGGCCUGGUAGUGAAGUUGAGCCAAUGGAUGAGUACCUCUCAGUCCCUGCCUCCAUAGCAGAGAGGUACAAAGUAGGGAGGACUUUAGGGGACGGAAACUUUGCUGUGGUCCGAGAGUGUGUGGAGAGAUCCACUGGAAGAGAGUAUGCUCUGAAGAUCAUCAGUAAAGAUAAAUGCAGGGGAAAGGAGCACAUGAUCCAGAGUGAAGUGUCAAUCCUUCGGCGUGUGAAACAUCCCAACAUCGUACUUUUAAUUGAGGAAAUGGACACCCAUAGUGAGCUCUAUCUUGUAAUGGAGUUGGUUAAGGGGGGCGAUCUCUUUGAUGCAAUCACCUCCUCUAACAAAUACACAGAGCGAGACGCCAGCUGUAUGCUGUUCAAUCUGGCAAGCGCCAUCAAGUACCUGCACAGUCUCAACAUUGUCCACAGAGACAUAAAACCAGAAAACCUGCUGGUGUAUGAACACCAUGAUGGUAGUAAAUCUCUGAAGCUAGGUGACUUUGGCUUGGCUACUGUCGUCAAUGGGCCACUCCAUACUGUGUGUGGCACGCCCACCUAUGUUGCACCAGAAAUCGUUGCUGAGACGGGGUAUGGCCUCAAGGUUGACAUUUGGGCAGCUGGUGUCAUCACUUACAUACUGCUGUGUGGCUUUCCACCUUUCCGUGGAAGUGGUGACGAUCAGGAGGCUGUCUUUGAACAGAUUUUGAGGGGCCUGCUUGAUUUCCCUGCACCAUACUGGGACAAUGUGUCAGACACUGCUAAGGCUCUGAUCACCGGGAUGCUGCAGGUAGAGGUGGAUCAGAGAUACACAGCUGUGCAGGUGCUCGACCACCCAUGGGUCAAUGAUGAUGGCGUGUCAGAGAACGAGCACCAGCUGCCUGUGGCUGGGAAGAUCAAGAAACACUUCAACACCGGGCCGAAGCUCAACAGCACCACAGCAGGGGUGUCAGUCAUUACAACCACGGCACUUGAUAAGGAGAAGCAAGUUUUCCGACGAAGACGCCACCAGGAUGUGAAGCUCACUCCCCACCUCCCAUACAGUAUUGGUGCCGGUGCCUCCCGCAGUGCCAACUUCGGCCUCUCUCCCGCUGAGUUCAACUCUGAGUCUGAGGACUAUUCCCCAAGUUCGGCUGACACUGUUCGUUCACCCACCUCUCCGUUCUAACAGCCUUCCCGAGGCCACAGCACAGUCCACCCCUCCAUGGGAAAAUGAGAGAGGGUGGAGAGCAAAAUUUCCAUUUUGCAGACCCAACAUUGAGUUCAGUCUGCUGACUUGGACAUUUACAGACUGCAAUCUUACCUGUACCUAUGUUCUUUUUUCCCAAUCAUGAUACUCAUUUUAAUUACAAAAUGUAUUGAUCAGUGGGAAGUUAAUCUCUGGAUCAAAGAAUAUACCUUUAGAGCAUGAAACAAUAUUUUUCCUUUCUUUCAUAAAAGCCACCAAACUGUUUAGCGCUGCAAGUGCUGGUUCAUUGUAGUACUCUAGAGCCCUCUAUUGGUUAAUAUUGUAUACUGCAGAAAGACAAACUGCUUCAUGAAGGACUUCAAUGGGAAAUGUUAAUGCAAAACGUUGAAACCGUAGGAUGUAAAAUUACAUGACUAUGACAUGUUCAGUACCGCUUAUACCGAUUUAAGCUUAAGUGUAACAAUAACUCAGUACAACAUUAAUGGUAAAGGUCACACUUCUGUUGUACUGUAUGGCAUCCAGAGUUCUCUGCUGUGGUACUUAAGAUUCUGGUGCAUAAACUUAGACACACAGUUUAAGAGGACCUAAGAAACUGAAAAGACAUGCUGCUAUAUUGUACCAUAAGCAUUAUCUGUACUGAACAGAUGUUUGUGUGGACAAAUAUUGUCCUGCCACCCAGUAGCUUGCCUCUUUAAGAGAAUAGAGGGCACUAAUGUUUGACUGUUGAUGGUCCAGCUCACAUGUCUGCUGGAGGAUGAUUUUUGAAACAAUAGUUUUGUCUGUGAGAGUGAUUUUAAUUCAGUGGUGGUACAGAUGAAUGUCAGUGCUGUGUAGUUGGUAGUAAGUGCAUGUUUAAAGCCUUGCAACAUAUGGAUUUAAGUGCAAUUAGGUGUACUGCCCAUUGAGCACACUAUUUUUAAAUUUUAAAUUUGUCCUUGAAAGUGCAGGAAUGAGUGAGAAUGGAUAUUUUGCGGGUGUUAUUGGCAGCAAACUGACACACUUCUCUAUCAGAUUAGGGCAAUUAGCCCUUGUGUAACAUGGAUUUUUUUCAAAUACUGAAAUAAGAAACAAGUUAACAGUGCUUCCACUAAAAUCUGUUAUUUUAAUAUUUGUUAAUUCAGUCAGCACUUCUGUUUGACUUUUUUAAUCAGAUCAAACUACAUGACUGGCUCACUAGACUGUAUGUACUGUAUGUCCUCUGACCACUUCAUACAUUGGUUCACCAGAGACCAAAUAUUCAUGGAUGCGAAUGUCCUCUUCCCUUCAUCAGAGACUGUAACCUGCAUGUGUAUUAAUAUGCAUCCUAAAUCAGUUGUUCUGGUCUUCUACUGUUUGAUAUACGCCUGUCAGAUAUGAAACCAUUCCUGUUGUCAUUGUAUGUGCUGUCUUGGUGAAUCCAGUUCAGUUAAGGCAGACUAUAGUCAUACCCCAGCUGAGUUAAGAUUUGUACAUACGUAUUUUAACAGAAAUGUAACAUCACACCACUGAUUUUGUUGUAAAAGGGCUUUUAAGUUUUUGACUAGAGGAGAGUGAGCCAAAAAGCACAAGGAAAGCAAGUUUUAAUAGUGUCUUUUUGGGAAUGUGUUUGCCUUCAUCACUGUCUGUUUUUCAUCAUCUGAAAAACAUGUAAUGUUUAUACACAGUUUGACAAAUGGUACUCAGAGACAACCGGGAAUGUCAGUGUUGUGUGGAAGCAGAUGGAGAAUGUGAAUGCUGUAUUAUAUUCAUCCAUAUUCCAUUAAUGUAAGGAUGUUAUAAAACAACCUAAACAAAAACAAAAACAAAAACUAGUAAUACACUUCCUUUCAUGAGAAAAUAAUCGAUUGCUAUGGUAAAAAAAAUAAACUUCCAACUAUGUACUCUGCAAAGAAACCAA